GGUGCCGUCAUUCUGGGAGGAUGUCUAGUGAGGAGAGCUACCUUGCCAUUCUGCGCUACCUGACCAACGAGCGGGAGCCCUAUGCCCCGGGCACCGAGGGGAAUGUCAAGCGCAAGAUCCGGAAGGCGGCUGCUUGCUAUGUGGUCAGAGAUGGCAUCCUGUACUACCAGCGCAGGCACCGGGACAAAGAGCGCUUCACCGAACUGGAGGUGGUGCUGCAGCCCGACCGCAGGAAGGGGCUCAUACAAGAGGCGCACAUCGGGGAGGGGGGGCUGCACCUCACCCGGCUCCAGACAUGGCACCUCCUGUCCAAGCGCUACUGGUGGAGAGGCAUUUUGAAAGAGAUGAAAGAUUACAUCAAAAAGUGCAACAAAUGCCAGGAGAAAAUGGACCGAUCACGCUUGACAUAUGACCCCUCUGAAAUGCUGGAGGAGUUUGGACUUGAAGUACAGUUGGAUGAAACAGAUGAUGAAGGCAGCCUUCCGGUGUCUAGUACCUGCGCUGAUCCAAAACCUGCAAAAAAGAAGUCUGUGGCUAAGCAUGAACUGGUCUUUGUUGAUAGUAAAGGCACAGUUAAGCAGUCUUCUUCUAAACAUAGCCAAGCUGUUCUUGAUCAGUUAAACCAGCAGAGACUUGCUAAUCAGUUCUGCGAUGUGACACUACUCAUUGAAGGAGAGGAAUACAAGGCACACAAGUCCGUCCUAGCAGCCAGCAGUGAGUACUUCAGAGAGCUAUUCAUCGAAAAAGGAGCUGUCUCCAGCCACGAAGCCUUUGUUGACUUGUCAGGGUUUUGUAAGUCUAGCUUUCUGCCGUUGCUGGAAUUUGCAUACACCUCAGAACUAGUCUUUGAUUUCUGCAGUAUGGCUGACCUAGCUAUGCUUGCUCGCCACCUCUACAUGCAUGAAGUGCUGGAAAUCUGUGAAUCUAUUCACAAGAAGAUGGAGGAAAAACGGCUAACCUUGUAUCAACAGGGAGAUGUCCAGACUGUCGCUUCAGAAAAGAAUAUGCUUAAUGUCCAUAUACAAGGGCCUACACAAGAAGAUAAGACCACCUCUCCAGUAGUGAUAGAGGGCACCGAUGAGCAACAGAUACUGAGUGAAAACAAUAUGGAAUGUCAGAUUGCAGCACAAACACAUUCAAGUAAUAAUAUAAUUGCCAUUGCUUCACCAGAGAAAACCGUUAUUUCAACACAAGUGUCUGUUCAGCUUACCAGUGACAAUGUUGCAGCUACCUCUGUUGACGGCUCCACAGCAGUAUACAUUUCCAAUAUUUCAAAUGCCCCAUUAGAGCUGCAGUCGGCAGUUUUUGUUCCUGCAGUGAUUGAGGUUGCUUCUGUCCAGCCAGAGUCUCAUCAGAUAGUAGUAGAAUGUCUAGAUGCUCAGCCUUUGUCUCUUAUUAACAAACCUGCUUCUGAGGUGACAGACUGUGACAAUGCAGCUAAAGACUCUGAAGAAGUUUUGAAAGACAACACAUUGCAGACACACAUGGAGUGCCAGGGUUCGCCAUGUGUGGAGGACAUAGAAGGUGAUAUGGACGUUGUAGAAGAAGAUGCAGUGAAAAAUAAAAACACUUUGAAGAGGAAACAUGAUAACAUUCCAAGGUCUCCAAAUUCUCCUGGGGAAGGAAUGAUGUCUGAAGCUGGAAUUCCAGAUAGUGGUGCAAGCACAUCUUCUGAAGGAGAUGCCGGAGCAAGGACAUCAAUUGAAAACACUGCCUUUGCAGCAGCAAGCUCUUCUAUCCAGGACAGUCCCACCUCUUCAGAUGAGGGCCCAUAUAAGUGCAAGUUGAGAGAGCGCUCUAUUGAGGAAGGUGGAUACAUCCAGAUGCACAGAGGAAAAGAAAGAAAGUAUGCAUCUAGAAAGACCAACCAGAAAUCUGCAGUUCAACAGGUUGCCAGAAAACUGGUCGAAAGAGGUAAGAAAAGGAUGUUGCCACCCAAAAAUGAGGUUGUAAAGGAGGAAGAGGAACAUGCGUGUAAAGAAUGUGGAAUGGUGUUUGGACGCAAAUAUGCUUUGAUCAUGCACGGCAUAAAGCACAAUCACAAAGCUAAAGAAUUCAAAUGUCCGCUGUGCAAGAAAGAGUUUCAGUAUAGAGCAUCCUUGCGUGCCCAUCUUAUAAGACAUGCACGUAGAACGGAACCAUCUGUUGUAGAGGUAGAAAGAGAAGUGACCAAAGGAGCCAUCAAGCGACAAUACAUUUGUGAUAUUUGUGGAAGAACCCUUCCUAAAAUGUGCUCUUUGAGAAUGCACAUGCUGAAACAUACUGGUGUCAAGCCACAUGCAUGUCAGAUCUGUGAUAAGGCAUUUACACACAAGCAUGGCUUAAAGAUGCACCAAGCCUUGCAUGAAACGGAGAGGCGGUUUAAAUGUGACAUGUGUGACAAAUCUUUUGUGACCAACCGCAGUCUGCAAGAGCAUGUGAGCACACAUACAGGGGAAACAAAAUAUGUCUGCACAGUGUGUGGCAAAACAUACCACCGAGCAUCUGGGCUCAGUAAGCACCUCAAGAAGCACAGGCCUAAAGCAGACGUUCAGGAAUAUCAUUGCACACAGUGCGAGAGACAUUUUUCUGAAGCUCGGGAUCUGCAGCAGCACAUGAAUAAACACCUUGGUGUCAAGCCAUUUGAGUGUGAGAUUUGUGGGAAGUGCUACAGCUGGAAGAAAGAUUGGUAUUCCCAUGUAAAAUCCCAUUCGGUUACAGAGCCUUUCAGGUGUAAUAUUUGUGGCAAGGAAUUCUUUGAGAAAUCACUUUACAGAAGGCAUGUGAAUAAGGCCACCCAUGGCAAGAAAGGAAGAAUAAAGAGAAACAUUGAACGCGUUUGCACCCACUGCGGUAAAAGUUUUUCACAGCUGAGAGAAUUCAGAAGGCAUGUCAACAAUCAUGAAGGUGUGAAGCCCUUUGAGUGCCUAACGUGCGGAGUGGCAUGGGCAGAUGCCCGUUCUUUGAAGCGUCAUGUAAGAACACAUACAGGGGAACGACCCUAUGUUUGUCCUGUUUGCAAUGAAGCCUACAUUGAUGCCCGCAAUCUACGCAAACACAUGACCAAGUACCAUAACAACUACAUACCCUGCAAAAUUAUGCUGGAGAAAGACAGUCUACAGUUCCACCACCAAGGAACUCAAGUGGAACAUGCAGUCAGCUUUGUGCCAAAUGAACUGGUAGAGGCACAGUCAGAGAUCGUAAGUGAAGACAUGGAAACUGUAUUAGUAGCCGAGAAUGUAGUGGAUUCAGAAGAAGCAAUUACUGCAGAUGACCAGGAAGGUACUGCUGUGUCUUCACUUUCAGACCAAAGCAUCAUGCAGGUGGUAAACUACGUUCUGGCUCAACAGCAGGGGGCUAAACUUGAAGUGACUGAUCAAUUAGAGACUGUGGAAGUGGAAGUUGACCAUGUUUCUGAUGUCCUAUGACAUAGCAGUGUAUAAAAAGAUGUUGUUGUAUAUGCCGUAGCACUUAAUAUUAUCUCCAUGCAAUGAAGUAUGCAACCCAUAAGUGUAUUCAAGACUUUAAUGGUUUGUUUGCGUAUGUUGUGUAUUUGCAGAUAUGUAUGCAGAUAUUCCAGUUUGCAAUGUUAUUCUUAAAGCUAUUCCAUAAUUCCAGUACAAGUUGUAAUAUUUCUUUCAGUAGGAUAGAAUUUGAGCCUCUGUUUGUCAGACAUGAUAAAUUAAAUGUCAAUUACAUUUCUU